AUGGCGUUGAGCACGGCAGCGAUUACCUCUCAAUACGUGACCGAGACAACCGCUACCACAGUGAUCGUGUCACCAACUCUCAUCAGCAGUGAUGUGACCGUCACUGUAACCUCACACCUGGCCUCAACCGUCAUCGCAACCUUCGGUCAAACGGUGACGAUCCACACACCCUCCUCAUUUGCUGUUUCUACAGCCGAGGCACCAACAACGAAAUACACACCAUCGCCCAUUCCCGCAACAGAUGUAACAAUCACGCAGAUCGGGACAUCCACUUUCGUCCUCACCGAGCUGGAUAUCUACCUUCAGAACACGGUCGGAAGCGUCUAUUCCACCUGGAUGCUUCCAGUCAACCCGCCUGUACCUACCAAUCCGACCACAACGCAGCCAUUCGUCUAUGUGGUGGAACCUUCGUCUGAAGAUAGCGGCUGGGAUACAUGGAGCACAGGAGAGAGGGCGGGCCUGAUCGUUGGUACCAUCCUUGGUGCGUGUUUGCUGUUCGGGAUGAUAUGGUAUUACUGUCGGAAGCCAUGGAAGGGAAAUUGGUGGCUUGCGCAUGGCCAGCCAGUGGGAGUAACGCCUGUGGUUGACACGCCAGGAGCGAAUUUCGUGCAGUCGACAUACGUUAGUGGCCCGGUUGUACCCCAUGCAUAUCAACACGGCUAUGGAUAUGGACUAAGGGGGGGAGAUGCAGGCAAUGGGGGAAAGAGGUUGUUCUCAGGGAGGAAUUGGUUCAGUGUUAAGGGGAGGGGUGCCGGGAGGAAUGACCAAGGCUUGGACGCGAGGUCUGCAUAUGCUGAAGGGCGUUACGGGCGCAAGGCAUCGGGGAAGAACUGGUUCACUGCAGGGAGAAGAAGUCAUAUUGUUGGAGGAGAGGAAGAUGCAGAGGCGGCGGAUGGAGGUGGUCAGAGCGCUCAGCAUGUUGAGGGGGGUGGGAGAGCUCUUUUCUAUCAGCCGCCCCAACAUUGA